UGACGCACCGUCCGCGGCUCCACCAGGAGCAAGGGAAGAACUAUUAAAACAAGCUGACGCUGGCGAAAUUAACUACACCGCAAAAUACAUCAAAAAGCAUCCGAAAAAAACACUAGAGAGUAUAUACAAAGACUACGAAAGGCAGCAACUGGAGAACACAAACAACCAACAAACCGACAUCCUCAUCGCCAAGUUUACCGAACUUAUGGGAGAACUGAAAGCUGUCAAAUCCAUUCCUUCGGUAUAUUUGACAGGUGGAAAACAAGCUGCUCAAUGUGUAGUGGAAAACAAGCUGCUCAAAAAAGACCUAAGAAACCUUGUUGGUUACAUAACACCAUAUAUUCCGCUCAUUGGAAUAUUAAGUGCUGGAAUUACUUUCGGAAAACACGUUGUCAGUACUAAGGUAAGCUGUCCGGAGAAAAAGGAAUAA